AUGGUCUCCCACCCCGGCAGCAGGGCGGCACACGCACACUCGGGCUCGCGCUCGUCGCAGCACAGCGCGCACGGCUCGGCCGGCCACCACAAGAAGGCCUCGUCGUCGUCCCACGGCCGCGCCCCGAGCCGAGACGGCAAGGCCAGCAGGGAGGGCACCGCGCAGCGCGCCGCCCAGGAUGUCGCGGGGCUCAAGGACUACCAGCUGGGCGAGCUGCUGGGCAAGGGCGCCCACGGCAGCGUCUUCCGCGCCCUCAACUGGGGCACCGGCGAGACGGUCGCCAUCAAGCAGGUCAAGCUCGAGACGCUGGGCCAGGCCGACCUCAAGACCAUCAUGCUCGAGAUCGACCUGCUCAAGAGCCUGACCCACCCCAACAUCGUCAAGUACAAGGGGUCCGUCAAGAGCGCCGAGAGCCUGUACAUCAUCCUCGAGUUCUGCGAGAACGGCUCGCUGCACAGCGUCUGCAAGAAGUUCGGCAAGUUCCCGGAGCCGCUCGUCGGCCUCUUCAUGUCCCAGGUCCUGCAGGGCCUGCAGUAUCUGCACGAGCAGGGUGUCAUCCACCGCGACAUCAAGGGCGCCAACAUCCUGACUACCAAGGAGGGCCUCGUCAAACUGGCAGACUUUGGCGUGGCAACCAAGCAGUCCGGCCUUGACGACCCGAGCGUCGUGGGCACCCCCUACUGGAUGGCGCCCGAGGUCAUCGAGAUGUCUGGAGCAACCACGGCCGCUGAUAUCUGGAGCGUGGGCUGCACCAUCAUCGAACUCAUCGACGGGAAGCCACCCUACCAUCACUUGCAGCCUAUGCAGGCCCUGUUCCGCAUCGUCAACGACGACCAUCCCCCGAUUCCGGGCAGCGUGUCCAAUGCCUUGCGCGACUUUCUCAUGGAGUGCUUCCAGAAGAAUGCCAACCUGCGCAUCGAUGCCAGACGCCUACUUCAGCACAAGUGGAUCUUGAGCACAAAGCGCACUGCACCUGACGUCGCUUCCAAAAGCCCCGAGUUCAACCAGGCCGUGAACCAGAUCCAGCAGUACAACGAGAGGCUCGAUUCGGAACCUGCCCUGCGUCGGACGUCGGCUGCCGCCCCACUGCCGCGCAGAGUCCCCGUGAAUGUCAAUCUGAACAUCCCAAGGCAGAGACCUAUCGCAGAGUCCUUUCGUUCACCAGAAAUCGACAAGGACGACAACUGGGACGAUGAUUUCGCCGAGAGCAUCUCGCCCCGUGCCUUCUACCAGCCGCUCUUGAAGCCCCAGGAUAACUUCGGUGGUCUCUUUUCAAGCGACAAGCUCAAAGCGAUUGCCAGUGUAAUGGAAGAGCCAUUACACAUGGACGGCGAUGCCACGGUGAAGAGCCCGCUUAAUCUGCACCAUCUGAGAGGCCUGCCGAGCGUAUUCGCCCAGGGCGACGUUGGGCGGACCCCGUCAGCAAGAGCCAGAUCAUCGACUUCACGGUCGACAUCCACGUCGACUAUCACGGAAGAACCGCCUGAGCGUCACGAAGGCCAGCCUAAAACAGCGUUUCUCCGCGGUGUACCCAAGUUGAUGCAACCACCGCGAACGCAGGCGUCCGUCUUCGCACGCCCUUCGCAAAUGUUCCGGGAGAAUUCAGUCGAAGACUACUCCGAUUUAACAGUCGCCGACGAGAGUGCGUUCGAGCUGAAGCUAAAGGCCAUGCAGAUUGCCAAUCCGCCUUCUGUGUUUCCCAGGGAUUCCUUGAGAGUGCCUUCGCCGGCAGAUACGUUUUCACCUAAGCUAUUCCAUCCUAAUGACCUGAAAACAGCACCCAAAUCCACAAGGGAUGCCAGAGCCAACGGCGCACGACAACGUUCCGUCUCAUCGACCUCAUCGCGGAAGAUGCAGCGGUCACAGUCUGAGAUUGAGAUGCUGAGAUAUGCGGAAGACGAUCGCGACGACUUCUCCGACGUUUUUGGCGACAUCAAGCCAAGCAGGGCGGAGAGCGAUAGUGGCUCAGAGCACAGCAGCAUGGCCAUGAUCACCUCCAAGAUGUCCUCAUCAUUUAUGCUUGCCGAUGACGACGACCUGGAUCCGUUCGCCAACAUGGACGAGGGCCUAGAGAACAUCAACAUGGAGAACAAUGUUGCACGCGACCGUGACGAUCGACUGACGAAGCAAACAGAGAUGCUUGUGGGCGACCUAAAAAUUAACCAGCCUGACGUCGAUUUGCUCAAGAUUGCCAAUCAGCUCCUGGAAGUGCUGUACGAAUCGCCCGAGAAACGCCAGAUUGUCCUUCGAUCCCACGGCAUGCUACCGAUACUAGAAAUCCUUAGGGAAAUACCGCCUAACGAACUGGUGUUGCCAUUGCUGAAGAUCAUCAACUUAAUCAUUCACGAGGAUGCCGAAUCGCAAGAAUCGCUGUCCAUGCUUGGUGGGAUCCCUACUAUUUGUACAUUUGCAUCGAAGAGAUACCCUAGCGAAAUUCGGAAAGAGGCUGCAGCUUUUGUGCGACAGAUGUACCAGACCAGUACGCUUACACUGCAGAUUUUCGUUGGCUGCGGUGGUAUCAACGUAUUGGUAGACUUCUUGGAGGAGGAUAUAGACGAAGAAAGAGACUUGGUACUCAUCGGUGUCAACGGCGUAUGGAAUGUAUUUGAGCUGCAGGGCUCCGCGCCGAAGAACGACUUCUGCCGGCUGUUGUCGCGGAACUCUGUUCUCUACCCACUCUCGCUGGUGUUGAACAGGGUUAUCAACGAGCGGGAUGAGGUUGCGCAGCUAAUUCAAGGUCGCAUCGUCAGCAUCUUCCUGAUUUUCUCGCAAGCGGAAAGCUUCGUGAAGGAGUUGGUGGCGGAUCGAAUGAUCCUAAAGCGAGUGUUGAAAGAUCUACCUAAAAUGCUUCCCGUACACCAAGUGACUAUGCUCAAAUUCAUCAAGAACCUCAGCAUGUUGUCUUCAACCCACGAGGCACUGCAAAACUCGAACGCGAUCGACACACUCAUCGAGCUGUUUAGGAACACGCAACAUCAAUUGAACCAUCGCGAGAUCUCAAAUCAAGUUUUGAAUACCAUGUACAACCUCUGCCGCCAUAACAAGAGCAGACAGGAAGAAGCGGCGUUAUCGGACAUUAUUCCUUUGCUCAAGGAAGUUGUGAACGGCGGUGGUCCGCUGAAAGAGUUUGCUUUGCCUAUACUAUGUGAGCUGGCACAUAGCGGGAAGGUCGCACGCAAGAUGCUCUGGGACGCGAAGGGGUUGCAGUUCUACAUCAGCAUGCUCUCUGAUCGCAAUUGGCAGGUCACAGCGCUGGAUGCGAUCUUUGUUUGGCUCCAGGAGGAAACCGCUCGUGUAGAGCAGUAUCUACUUUCGUCCAACUUCAGCACAGCCAUCAUAAGCUCUUACACCUCACCCGAGCUCUCGCAAUCCAACUUCGAGAACAUGCUCGAGCCCCUUCAGAAGCUCGUCCGCCUGUCACCACCGAUUGCAGCAUCGCUAGCCGUGCCGGACAUCUUCACUCGCACAGUGCAGAAGCUCGGCCACAAAGAUGCUGUCACCCGUCUGAACCUCCUCCGUAUCCUCCGGGACAUUUGCGAUUCCACCGAAGACGAAUGCACACUCAUUCGUCAGUUCGGCGUCUACGACACCAUCGUUCAUCUCUCCGAACACGACCACGCCGUCCUAGUCCGGCAGAUGGCCGGUGAGCUCGUCCGAGCCUGCGACUCUGUCUCCAAGCGCAGCACCUCCCGCGCAUCCGGCUUCCGCCGCCCAGCUUCUAGCUCAGGCACCCGCGCAGGAUCAGGCUCAAGCACCGGAUCCACGCUCGGGUCAGGCAUGACACCUCCCACCCCAAACAGCCUCAAAUCUGCAUUCGCAGUUCCACCCGUGCCGCCCAUGCCGCCCACACCCACUCUCCUUGGUAGCGGCCGCGAGCGCAUCACAAGAAGCCAUUCCACGGCCGGCAUCUGGGAUCUGCAAGAAGAACCCUCCCCGAAGCCGCCAUCCCUCGUCCGCGCCUCGACCACCGUCAACGUCCUUUCCCCAGCUAUGGCGUCCUCUCCUAUCACGCUAAGCGCGCGCACCCCGCACUCCAGCCGCCCGCCCUCCCGCGACACCACGUCCCUCGCCCGCGUCGCCUCUCACGAGAAAGACAGCCCCAUCACGCCGGGGAAAUCGCGCCUGCCCAAGGCGCGUCAGGGCCGCCUCUCGGAGGCGGUGAGUCGUCGGCGGCAGAGCCAGGCUAGCCAGGGCGGCGGGACGGGCGAGGAAAACGUUACCCCCAGCCACGGUUCAGGUAGUGGGAAUGGAAGUGGGAGUGGCAGUGCGGCUGCGACGCCGCUGCCACGCCUGCAGAUUGUGAGACGCAGGAGGGAGACGAGUGGGGGGGAGAUGAGCACGUUUGGACCUGAUGGCGUGGGGCCGGUUAGGCCGGGGAGUAGUCGACGCGCACCAGGGGCGGGGGCGGGACAGGAGUAG